UCAUGACGUCAUACACAUCAACAACUCUUUUCAGUUCCUGACUCACAGUCACGAAAACAUUCAGUCAAGUUGAACACUGUAUUAGUUAUAUUUUGACAUUUGAUCGGAAGGAACAACUACACUUGUAAAGAUGCCUUUAGAGUGGUUAUUUGGUCGAAAAAAGACCCCAGAGGAGAUGCUGCGACAGAACCAGCGGGCAUUAAACAAAGCCAUGAGGGAUCUGGAUAGAGAAAGAGCAAAGAUGGAACAGCAAGAAAAGAAAGUCAUUGCGGAUAUCAAAAAGAUGGCCAAAGCAGGACAGAUGGAUGCUGUAAAGAUCAUGGCGAAGGAUCUGGUCAGGACAAGACGCUAUGUGAAGAAAUUUAUUUUGAUGAAAGCGAAUAUUCAGGCUGUAGCACUGAAGAUCCAGACAUUAAAGUCUAACAAUGCCAUGGCCCAGGCGAUGAAGGGUGUCACUAAGGCAAUGGCCACAAUGAACAAACAGAUGAAUUUACCUCAGAUUCAGAAAAUUAUGAUGGAGUUUGAGAAGCAGUCAGAAAUGAUGGACAUGAAAGAAGAUAUGAUGAAUGAUGCAAUUGACGAUGCUAUGGGUGAUGAAGAUGAUGAAGAGGAGACAGAUGCUGUGGUAUCACAGGUGUUGGAUGAGUUAGGACUACAACUCACAGACCAGCUUUCAGAUUUGCCAUCAACUGGCAAGUCCAUAGGUGUAUCAGCUCAGAGCAAUAAGCAGCCAGUGGCUGCAGCAGGAGUGAGCGAUGCUGACGCAGAUCUAGAGGCCAGACUAGAAAACUUACGGAGGCAGUAACAGAAUUGAUAAGUGAGGGGGGUACAAGACACUUCAGCACAGGCUGUGCCAGGAAAUAUGGUUGAUUGUGUGCAAGUUCAUGUAAGAAGAAUGGAACGGACAAAGUCAUGUUUUGUCGUAAAUAGGUACAUGUUAGAGAAUCUGUGUGAUCAAUAUAGCUGAAAAUUGAACUGGAACAAUUCUGAGAACAGUGCUUUUAAAUAAACAAAAAAAUCUUUGAUGUCAUCUUGUCAAGGAACUUUCUUGGAAGGUAGCAUCCUAAUGAUCCUGAGGAGCCGUGUACUUUGGAAUGCUGACCGUGAUGUACAAACUUCAUUGUUGAAGCUCAUAUCCUUCUGUAACAAUGUGACUCACUGGCUAGUAAGAUUCAUAGUAUACAUCAUACUUAUGUGAUCUGGACGAAUAGAGUGUGUCAUAUGUAGGUAUGGAGGAUGUUGAAAUCCUACACCUCCACAUCCCCUAUACCUACAUAAUGAUUUACUUUAUACCUCCCACCUUUUAACCAAGAUUUUGGUCAAAAGUUACUUUUACCUUGAGCAUGUUACAAUAAAUCAAAUAGAUUUACUAAAUAACAUACAUAUUUGAUGAAGAACAUUUGAAAAGAUCAGGGAAAGGGGUGGUGUAACAGAGGUAUACUUCAAAUUUAAAGAAGAAUGCAAAAGCAUCACAGAAAAUUUGUUUAAUUCAGUGAGGCAAUGUCAGUUUCCAAAUAUGUUUUUGCCGUAGAUAUUCAUUCAGUAAACAAAAUGACAACUGAAUGACAUUGCAUUGUUAUGACAUGUCCCAGAAUCACAGCCAAUGUGGUACAGAACAUUGUGAUGACAUGUCCCAGAAUCACAGCCAAUGUGGUACAGCACUGUUUUGUGUCUUUCAUGCAUAAGGAUGGGAGAAAAAGAAAUCACAAUCUAAGGGGCAAGAUUUUCUAACUAGUACUUCUAACAAAUGAUUUUAUCCCAAAGACUGAUUUUUUUGUCUCAGUCUCACAGGGUAAUCAGUGAGUUAUCUCCCCUAAUAAUGUUGUAAUUUGACACAUAUGCCAUUUCACUGUAUCAUAUUUCUCUAAUAAGUAUAAAGAUAUUUCUGUGGGGUUUGGAAGAGGUUGAGAGUUCUGUGUUAUAUCUAAUACACCACUGGAUAUUUCUGACAGGGUGGGGACACAUUGAGAGUUCUGUGUUAUAUCUUAUAAAGCCGUGGAUAUUUCUGACAAGUCGGGGGGGGUGGGGGGGACAUUGAGACUUCUGUGCUAUACAUGCAAUGUAAUUUAUAUGCUAUUAAUAAUUUUAUUCAGUAAAAUUUAUUGUUUUAAUUGUAAUGAUUAGUAAAUAAUGUAAACAUGUAUGUGUACAUAAUGUAUGUCAAAGCGACUACUGCAUACCAUAUUUUACAAAGGUUAAUAAAGAAUUAAUUAGGAUCAAAAUUUUAUCAUUGUAUUAUGUAUAUUUAUGAUUAUAGAAGUUUGAUAUUAGGUUGAACCUGUGAAGUUUGUCGGAAUUUUCAUUUGCAAUAGUUAGGAAUAUAUGUUUGAAAGGAACGUUUGAUCACAAUGAAGAUGGCCUCAAUUUUUUUCAAAAGUUCUAUUUUAAAGAAUUACUUACCAUGUAAAAUUAUCGUCCUUGAAUCUAUUGGUGGAUCACUAACCAUAUUUUUGCCACUAGAAGAUUUAAAAAAAAAAAAUGAGUGAUGGAUAACACAGUCCAUGUCUUCAACUAUGAAAUUUGUGAAUAGUUUUGUUUCAACAUUUAAUUUUAGAAUCAUUAGAAAACUUGAAACCAUAACCAAAUAACUAGAAUCUAGUAUAGUUCAACAGAGUAAUAUUACAACACAUCUUGUACAUAUUCAUUUUUGUACCGUUCGUAAGACAAGUAAUCGAGCGUUAAUCAAUUCAGAAUUACAAUAACUGUAUUACGAGAAAUUUAGUACCGUAGCUUAAAUAAACAUUUUUUAUUGCAAUUGUAGAGUACUAUUUAUUUAGUCAACCUGCUUGCUUAAUCUUCACUAUAACAUACAAUUUCUUUUCAUUUGUUCUCCCUUAUAUGGUAUAUUCAUGAUAGUUCCAAAUAGCCAUAUUUUUGUAAUUCCACAUACACUUCCAUAAAUCACAUAAGGUGGAAAAACAUGUUAUUUUACUUGACAAUAAAAGAGGAAACAGAGACCAUUUAUGCUACAGUCAGAUCUACCUGGUGUCCACCAUCAGACUUGUAAAGUAACCUUAGGGAACUGACAAAAGUGAUCAGCAGAAAGUCUUGAUACAAAGGAACUUUAAACAAAUAAAAUAAGUCCUUCAAUACAAAGGUGGCCUCUAUAACAUGGCUGGCUACAAAAAAAAAAGUUACAUCAUGACACCAGGGUAAGUUUUAGUACAGAACUGAUAUCAUCAGGGAGAUAGCCCUUUGCUGUACAAACUGACUGGUAUUUAGCUUGCUGUUAGAUAUGAUGUUGAACUUGAAGAAUUCACUGGAUGACUACAAAUAAAUUUAUGAAAACCAGUAAAAUUUUGGGGUAAAAAUGUCAAUAUUAAAGGUCACAUUACCUGAGCUAUUUUUGGUAACACCCCACGUAUCAAAUGUCAAAUGAUUUAUCUGCUUGUCAGAGUCCUAAUUUCUAAAUGACUCGUUAGUUUUUAUGGAAUUUCAUGCGUAAUCAAUGUAUCAUGAUCGGGAACAUGUAUUGCUUUGCAAUAUUUCCGUAACCAUAAGCGUGUUUGUAGAUAGUUCAGAUGCUAUUUUAGUUGUGAUGUAUAUACCAUGAAAACAAGUUGUGUAAAUAUUUUGAAAAACUGCUGUUGUACUAAAUGUUAAAUCAAUGGCAUUAUAAUUUGAAAUAUGCAUUAAUGUUUGAAAACAAAAUUGGUUUGGGUAGGGUCAGGUCAGGUCAGGUCAGGGGCAGGGUCCAGUAUGUGAAAUUGGGUCAUAAAUUUGAAUCAGUUGGAAUCCCUUUACUAUAGAAACACAUACAUCCAUGCUACUUUGAUUGGCUCAUGGUCCUUUUCACCAAAGGGAAAGAACUCCUUACAUCAUAACAUGGAGAUAGAUGUGAUUCUCAUCCUAUAACCAUAUAUACAAUUGCUAAGCAUGAAGAGAUGAAUGCAACUGUUAUCGCUUCAGGGAUCCUAACAGGCCCUUAGGACUAAGACCUUGGGUCAUAUGGAAAUAAUCCAGAUCCUCGCCUCAUAUUAUAUACAUGCAUACAAUUACAAGGCAUGUAGAGACGAAUGCUCUCAUAAUACAACUGUUACCUGAGGGGUCCUUCUGGCCUCUUUUGACCUAGUCUGUGGGUCAUAGCUUUUAAAAAGUCAAGAUCCCCUCUCAAUAACCACAUAAACAUUUGUGAGGCAUGAAGAGACAAAUGCACUCAUGCCAAUGCUAUUGUACCAGGGUUCCAGCCAUCCCUAGGAUCCAGGGUCAUUAAAUGGAAAUGGUUGAGGUCCCACCUUUUAACCAUACCUAACCGCUUGGCAUGAAGAGAAAAAUGCUUUUAUGCAACCAUGAUUGUUCAAGGGGCACUUUUCAGCCCCUGGGGACAAAACCUUAGGUCAUAACUUUGAAACUGUUGAGAUCCACACAUAUAUGUUACUGUAGGGCAUGGAGAGAUGUACCAGUAAUGUGUAUCAGAUUUAGCCCAGGGGCCUAAAACCCUAUCACUUGAGGCCUUUUUCCAAAGUCAGAACAUUGAAACUAACUGUUGAGUUCCCCUAUCAAUAACUAUAUAGACAAAUAUAAAGAUUUUGACCGAAUUUUCUAUUAAGCUUUUUGGUCUUUUGAUAUAUUUCAACCAAUUAGUGCAUGGGAUUCUUGGAUUUGGGGAAUCAAAGGCAGGGGUGUUGCUCCCCUGGACACUGAAAUGCAGUGCUCAAAAGGAAACUGUUUGCAAUAUCAUCUUAAAUGAGAACAUUUUUUUAUGAUUGCCUAAAUAUCCAAGAGAGCGAUACAGGCCCUCUCUGCCUGUUGUUAAUGUUUUUGUUCUAUUUGCUUUUGUUGCAACAGUCUAGGUUUGUUUAAGUACAAAAUAUCAAAGUUUAUCAUUAUAAGAAAAAAGAACAACUACUGGAGAACAAACAAUGAAACCACAUUUUUCUUUGUUUGUUUUUAGUUACAGAAGGCUGAUAUUGAUAAUCAUUCAUGCUGACAUAAAAAAAUUAAAGAUUAUUAAUGCAUGCUUUAUUACUGUAGUAGGUUUUCCUACCAUAACUAUAAUCUUUCCAAUCUGUCAACUUACUUGUAUCAAAGUUUUACUUAAUGCACGAAUAAUAUAUGUACAUUUCGAGACCAACUGAUCCCUUUGUCAAAGCUUGAUAAAUGGAACAGUCCGUUUUGAAAAAAUGCAACAUGAUUGUCACAUAUUGUUUUAAGUAAAAUUUUAAUACAUACAUAUUUCCAAACGGAUGAAUCUGAUUGAAGCUGUUAUUUAUUAAGAAGGAGCAUAUUUACUUGUACAUGUAUAUAUGUGUUUAUGAAGAGAAAGAAGAGUUUCGUUGUAACAGUUACAUCUGUUACAACACACACAAACACAUAGCAUUACGAUAGCAUCACUAGUGUACUACGUGUAUUGGUGAUGUAUACAUAUAUUAUUAUCAUUAUUACAGCUGGUUUGUUAAUUUGUAUGGUUUAAUUGUUCCAUACACAAUUGUUUGAGAAUAUGGUGAAUUAUCAGUCUUCAGGUACAGUACCUGGUAUAAUUUUACUAGGUUUAAUGCAUAAAAAAAAUCAGGUUUUGAAAAAUAUCCAAUGUUUUUCAUUUCAUUUAGAAAAAAAAUACUACAAAUCUUAUAGCGAUUAAGUGUCAUUUCAGUUUGAUAUGACAAGAUUUUAUAAUUUGUAAAAGGGUUUAUUUCAGAUUUUAGCUGGUUAUUUAUCCAAUUCCCUUAUAAGGAUUUUAGUCAAAUUUUCUAUGUGAGUAUUAUGAAAGAAUUACAGCUUGAGUGAUAUAAUAAUUUAAUUUCUAUACAUAAAUUGACAGAUGCCUAAUUAAGUGAUCUUGACAGAAACCUCAUUAAAAUUUUCUGAAUUUA